GCCUGAUGAGAACAGAGUGGGGUUGGUCAGGUCGUUCUUCUGCUCGUCUCUAUCUUUGACCGUUCUCCAUCUUUGACUUCGUGGUCCGGUCGACGGGCGUUAAAUAUAAAAAUGGCUCUAUUGUCCCUACGUUUGGCUGCCUCUGUGGCGAGACAGCUACCUAACUCCACCAUACAGAUCAACUGGCCCGUGGCUGGUGUUGCCACGAGGAAAUAUCAUGUAUCCUGCAGCCGCCGUUCUGCUGAGAUCUCUUCCAUUUUGGAGGAACGCAUCCUUGGCUCAGCCCCCAAGGCCAAUCUUGAAGAAACUGGCCGUGUACUCAGUAUCGGAGAUGGUAUUGCUCGUGUGUACGGUUUGAAGAACAUCCAGGCUGAUGAGAUGGUGGAAUUCAGCUCUGGCCUGAAAGGUAUGGCUUUGAAUUUGGAGCCUGACAACGUCGGUGUUGUCGUCUUUGGUAAUGACAGGCACAUCAAGGAAGGAGAUAUCGUCAAGCGUACUGGUGCCAUCGUCGACGUUCCCGUUGGUGAACAGCUUUUGGGUCGUGUUGUCGAUGCUCUGGGUAAUCCUAUUGAUGGUAAGGGACCUCUGAACAGCAAGCUGAGGUUCCGUAUUGGUACCAAAGCCCCUGGUAUCAUUCCCAGAGUCUCUGUCAGGGAACCUAUGCAGACUGGAAUCAAGGCCGUCGACUCUCUAGUACCUAUUGGUCGUGGCCAGCGUGAGUUGAUCAUUGGUGACAGGCAGACUGGAAAGACUGCUCUGGCUAUUGAUACUAUUAUCAACCAGAAACGUUUCAAUGAUGCCGGCGAAGAGAAGAAGAAGCUGUACUGCAUCUACGUUGCCAUUGGUCAGAAGAGAUCUACUGUCGCUCAGAUCGUAAAACGUCUGACAGACAGUGGUGCUAUGAACUACACCAUCAUCGUAUCCGCCACCGCCUCUGAUGCUGCUCCUCUGCAGUACUUGGCCCCAUACUCCGGUUGUGCCAUGGGUGAAUUCUUCAGAGACAAUGGCAAACAUGCCCUUAUCAUCUAUGACGAUUUGUCCAAGCAGGCUGUUGCCUAUCGUCAAAUGUCUCUGCUGCUCAGGAGACCCCCAGGUCGUGAGGCCUACCCUGGUGAUGUAUUCUAUCUUCACUCCCGUCUCCUUGAGAGAGCCGCCAAGAUGAACGAAACUUUGGGAGGUGGUUCCUUGACUGCCCUGCCUGUCAUUGAGACCCAGGCUGGUGAUGUAUCCGCUUACAUUCCCACCAACGUAAUUUCCAUUACCGACGGGCAGAUCUUCUUGGAAACUGAAUUGUUCUACAAGGGUAUCCGUCCUGCUAUCAACGUCGGUCUGUCUGUAUCUCGUGUCGGAUCUGCUGCCCAGACUAAGGCCAUGAAGCAGGUCGCUGGUUCCAUGAAACUGGAAUUGGCCCAGUACCGUGAGGUCGCUGCCUUUGCUCAGUUCGGUUCCGACUUGGACGCUGCUACCCAGCAACUCCUGAACCGUGGUGUCAGGCUUACCGAACUCCUCAAGCAGGGACAAUAUGUGCCCAUGGCUAUUGAGGAACAGGUUGCCGUCAUCUACUGCGGUGUCCGUGGGUACCUUGACAAGAUGGAACCCAACAAAAUCACUGCCUUCGAGAAGGAAUUCCUUGCCCACAUUAGGGCCACCCAGCAAGAUCUUCUCGCCACCAUCGCUAAGGAAAACUCCAUCACCGAGGCAUCCGAUGCCAAGUUGAAGAAGGUCGUCACAGACUUCCUUGCAUCCUUCGCGUAAAUCAUCAUUUAAAAAUUUGUUAUUCAGCUGACGAUAGCUAAUUGACAGAGCGCUGCUGCCACAACUGUGGCGCCUGUAUCGAUUGAGUUGCGAAUGUUACUCGUUUUAUCGGAAAGCAUUCACUCUCAAGUGUACGACAGUCGCACGCUGUUAAUAUUAUUACGAACAGUCACGCAUUCGAACGAUAAUCACUAUAGUCAUAUACAUACACAUGUACCUUACACAUUGGUCUUUAAUAAAAAAUAAAGUACCUAUAUCGAAGAA